GCUUCAAAAGAACAAACACAUUCUCAAAACAAAGGAAGACAGCCCUGACUGCAGAGGAAGCAGGAAGCUGCCAGCCCUGCUCUGAACUGGGCUGCUGGGCUCCCAGGCAGCAGAAUGGAGUCGGUGGCCCUGUACAGCUUCCAGGCCACAGAGAGCGAUGAACUGGCCUUCAACAAGGGGGACACACUCAAGAUCCUGAACAUGGAAGAUGACCAGAACUGGUACAAGGCUGAGCUCCGGGGUGCCGAGGGGUUUAUUCCCAAGAACUACAUCCGAAUCAAGCCCCACCCGUGGUACUCGGGCAGGAUUUCCAGGCAGCUGGCUGAAGAGAUUCUGAUGAAGCGAAACUUCCUGGGGGCCUUUCUGAUCCGGGAGAGCGAGAGCUCCCCAGGGGAGUUCUCCAUCUCUGUGAACUACGGAGACCAGGUCCAACACUUCAAGGUGUUGCGAGAGGCCUCUGGGAAGUACUUCCUGUGGGAAGAGAAGUUCAACUCCCUCAAUGAGCUGGUCGACUUCUAUCACACCACCACCAUCGCCAAGAAGCGGCAGGUCUUCCUGCGAGAUGAGGAGCCCCCACUCAAGGCAGCCCGGGCCCGCUUUGCCCAGGCGCAGUUCGACUUCUCCGCGCAGGACUCCUCACAGCUCAGCUUCCGCCGUGGUGAUGUCAUCGAGGUCCUGGAGCACCUGGACCCCCACUGGUGGCGAGGCCGGUUCUGCGGGCACAUAGGUUUCUUCCCACGGAGCUACGUCCAGCCUGUGCACCUCUGACCAGAGUGGGACCCAGGGGACGGAGUUGGCAGACGGUCUUUCCACCAAAGUCCAACAGAAACCAUGCACACCCCUACCAGGUCCUACAGGGCUCAGCCAAGGGCCUUGGACAGGAACCUGGGCCUCUAAGUGCCCCGUCCAGACCCCACUGCUCCACAUGAACUGGGCUGCCCCCAGCUGCCCACCACCAGCGUGGUGUUCAGCGCCCACCAGGCAGGGGGAGCUCCCAGAGUUCCUACUGGUCGCCAGCUUCAUGACAUAAUAGGGUGGGCUGGCCAAGGCCCCGCCCACUACAACCUUCAAUGGCCCCCAUCCUCAGAGACGGUUCAGGGCGCCCAGGUUCCUCACAUUAGGGGCUCAACCCAAGGCUUGGGUGUGUUCACCUUAAACUGACCAGUCACUGGGCCUGCCUGCCCCUCCCUCAAAAGGACCCUUGAAGUGCUGCUACUAGGGGACACUUGGGGACAUCCAAGUGCUGCUUGGAUGUGAGAGACAGGCGAGGGUACCUGUUGGACUCCACUGAGUACCUAUUGGCCUGGACUCGGUGGACAGACUCCAAGUGGACAAUGACUUUUCCACAGUCCCAUGACAACUCCAGGCUCCACGGGGGCAUCUGACGCCCCACCCACUGCAGACACUUUGGGGAGGGCUGGAGUCCCUGAGGAAGAGGCCUCAGUGGUGAGAGAAAUGGAGGCAGCCGCUCCUCUCAGAAUGGACGAGCAGUGAGGGCAAGCCCUGGACAUAACCACCUGAGAGGCUGGGUUCAGGCCCAGCUUUUACCCCGACAGACUCCAGGCAGUUUGGGGACUACAGGCCUGGUGGGAAGUAGGGGCUGAGCUGGAGUCUGAAGUCCAGCAGCCCCUAGAAUAGGGUGGGCAGUCUGGGUGAGUCCCCAGCUUAAGAAAAGACAAGGGUGUCUGCAUCCAUUGUGCUCCCAGCAGGGAGGGUGUUACUAAGCGACACCUGCCCAGGGCACCUUUGGGAGCAGGCAGAGUAAGGGGAGCCUGGAAACCACCUUGCAUGCCGGGCUGGUGACACGGGGGCAGUGAGCAGGGGAGGGAGGGGAGGCUCCUGUGGCAGCUGGGAGCAGAUGGGGUGGGGUGCCCAGGGAGGUGCCUGAGUUGGGGGUUCCCCCCACCCGGGGGUGGCCUGAGACCCUUGGAGCCCUGAGCCCUGGCAGGUUGUACUGCUCCUCACCUAGAUCUCGCACUCCAAAUAAAACAGCC